GGUUCUACACCGACUUAGCGAUUUUUCAAAACUAGAAUUUGUUCUCGCUGUCAAAAAGAAACAGCAGCAAUCCCUUUAAGAGGAAACGCUAAUUAAAAGAACACAUUUAAAAUGGCAGAUGAUAGUGAAGAUAAAGAACAAGAGAAUAAACAAUCAGCAUCUGUUCUAUCUGAUAUAAGCAUAUUAAAUAUAGCUAAAGCAUUGACUGAAAAUGAUAUAAGAGCAUUUUUAUUAUUAAAUAUACCCUUAACAACAUGUAUUAAUAACUAUGAAGAAAUGCGUACAUUCAAUCAACGUGAAGCAGCCUUUAAACAAAAAACACUGAUGUAUUGGAAAAAAUUACGUGAAAGUGUUAAAGAUGAGGUUAAAAUUGCUGAAUUAGAAUAUGCACUUAGACAAUCAGAUCAUAAAGAAUUGGCUGAUAUACUUGUUGAACGAAAUCGUAUGAAUCUAGAGAUUACACGUGAUCUUUUACAGAAAUAAACUGUUACCAACCUUCCUUCUUUUUUUGUUUUAUUCCAUUGUUCUACAAUUUACCUGUUUUUUUGAUGAUAUCAUCAUACAGAGUUAAAAGUUUUGAUAAAUGAUCCUUUUCAAAUUACUCAGAUUAACUGAAGUUUUCUUUUAUACAAUUGUUAUUGAAUAAAGUCAUUAUUUCUGCAAGAAUUAUUUUUAGUUUGCACAUAACUUGGUAUGAUGUGAAUAUAUUUUUUACCACAUUCUUUUGUUUUUGAAGUUUUCUCCACCUGCAUACUGGACAUACUGUACCAAAAUUUAACUAUGGCUUUUGUAAUAGUUUGUUUAGGAACUAAC